CCGAGACGAGUGGACGUAAAAUAGAAGGAAAAACGUUUUUGCUAAAUUUUUGUCAUUAAACUCCAAAGGAAAUAACAAUCAACGUAAUCUUUUUCAACAAAUAUCUAAAAGUCAAUUAAUAAAGAAGAACUUGGUGAAGUUUUGUUGGACACAGACAUGGCUUCGGCUAAGGAGAACAGCAGUAGAGUGGGCUGGUAUUAUGCACCAGCAUUUCUACUAUUUUGGUUUGUGUUAUUCUUUGCUGUGGUGCUGCCAGUAUUCUAUCAUUUGCCCAAUGGUUUGACCGUGGAGGGUGAACAACAAAAUCCGGGCAAAUUUAUUGGCGAAAGAGCUGAACGUAUAUUGUUUGAUUUUGAUAGGAUUGGACCUAAGGUGACGGGUAGUCAUGCUAAUGAAAACCUAACCGUACAACUGUUGCAUGAUGAAGUGGAAAAAAUUCGCAGAGUCAUGCAUCAUGAUCUUUACGAAAUGGAGGUAGAUGUUCAGGUGGUAUCGGGUGCCUAUAUGCAUUGGUCCAUGGUGAAUAUGUAUCGGAGUUUGCAAAAUUUUGUGGUGAAAUUAAGUAGCAAAAAUUCAACGUCUCAAAAUUAUCUCUUAAUAAACAGUCAUUUCGAUUCGAAGCCAGGAAGUCCAGGUUCUGGUGAUGAUGGCGCCAUGGUUGUGGUCAUGUUGGAGAUUUUACGUGUAAUAGCCACCAACCGUGAGACUUUCAAGCAUCCCAUAAUAUUUCUAUUCAAUGGUGCUGAAGAAAAUCCCUUACAAGCUUCUCAUGGUUUUAUCACCCAGCAUAAAUGGGCCAAAAAUUGCAGAGCUUUAAUAAAUUUAGAUUCAGCUGGCAGUGGUCAUCGAGAAAUUCUGUUUCAAUCUGGUCCCAAUCAUCCCUGGCUAAUGAAGUACUACAACAAACAUGCUGUAAAACCCUAUGCUACAUCGGUGGGUGAGGAACUAUUUCAGGCUAAUGUUAUUCCCUCGGAUACAGAUUUUAGAAUAUUCCGUGAUUAUGGUCAAGUGCCUGGUUUGGAUUUCGCUCAUUUCUAUAAUGGCUAUGUGUAUCAUACAAAAUUCGAUAAAUAUGAUGUUAUACCCCGAGGAACUCUGCAGUCGACUGGUAAUAAUAUUUUAAGUCUGUCCAAAGCUUUGGCAAAUGCACCGGAAAUGGAAGAUACCCAGAAACAUGCGGAAGGUCAUUCGGUGUUUUAUGAUUUCCUGGGUCUCUUCUUUGUUAACUAUACCGAAACUCAAGGCAAAAUUAUCAAUACCUGUGUGUCUUUAAUCGUGCUGAUAGCAGUGGGCGUUUCUCUGUGGUUAAUGGCUGCCAGUUCUUUCAUUUCCAUUGGUAGACUACUGAGAACCUAUGCUUUUAUAUUAAUAUUACAUAUAGUGGGUCUGGUAUUGGCUCUGGGUUUACCCAUAUUGAUGGCGCUUAUGUUCGAUGGCGGUGAUCGUUCGAUGACUUGGUUUACCAGCAAAUGGUUGGUUUUCGGUUUAUAUAUCUGUCCCUCACUUUUUGGUUUGGCCCUACCAAGUCUAUUGUAUAUCAGUUUCUCACGUAAUGAUAAAUUACGGAAAAUGUUUAAAAUACAAUUAAUUCUGCAUGCCCAUGCUUUAGUAAUGUCACUUAUUUGCAUUGUGGCCACAUUUAUGGGUUUGCGCAGCUCGUAUAUGUUCAUGAUACCAUUGUUCUUUUAUGGUCUAGCUUUAAUUUUGAAUCUCAUUACUACAUUACAUAGACGGGGCAUUUACUGGUGUAUAUUGAUCAUAUUAAGUCAAAUUUUGCCUUUCCUUUAUGCUGCCUACAUUUUCCUGAUUUUAAAUAGUACUUUAAUGCCCAUGACUGGCCGUUCUGGUUCCGCCACCAAUCCAGAUUUGAUGAUUAGUGCGAUAUGUGGCCUAGGCAUCAUAUUAAGCAUGGGUUUUGUGAUGCCAUUGUGGAAUAUGUUCCGUCGUUCGAAGCUUUUGCUGUUAUCCUUGUUGUUGAUAACAUUUAUUUUUGCCAUGAUUGCUAUAACGCCAGUGGGAUUCCCCUACAGACCCAAGACAAAUGUGGGCAGAGUGAAUUUUUUGAAUGUACGUCGUGUAUUUUACGAAUACGACGGCUCUGUAAGUCGCAAUGAGUCUGGUUAUUACUUUGAUUUCCAAGACCGUCGCAUGCAGUUUCCCAUUGAGGAAACAAUUGAUCUUAGAAAUAUGGAAACAGUGUCUGAAGAUUGUGAUGACUACAUGAUGUGUGGUUUGCCACUAUUCAAUCAUCGUAUGGUUAAGUCACGCCAGCAAGGUAAAUGGCUGCCAACAAAAGAACCAGCCGAAAUGCCUGCAACUCCUACAUUAACACUAUUAAACAAAACUUUCAAUGUCAACAAUAAUACCGCACGUUUUGAAUUCGAAUUAAGUGGACCACCACACAUGAGCAUAUUUUUAUUGCCCAUGGAAGGGGUAACAGUCUUAGAUUGGCCAUUCCUAAAGAAAUUGCUGCAAGAACCACAAGAAUAUCAGCCACCUUAUCAUAUUUAUCUCACCUAUGGUAAAUUACCAACACCAUUAAAAUUCUAUUUUGAUUUUAAGUUAACCGAUAAAACUAUUGAUAAACCUUUAUUCGAAUUGGGCAUAUCUGGCCAUUACGUCAGUAAUGAGUAUAAACGUGGCAAACACGCGCAAGAAUUUAUCAAACAAUUUCCCGACUAUAUCUUUGUUAUGGAAUGGCCAAGUUCCUAUGAGCGUUAUGUAUUUUAGGCUUAGCAACAAAACAAAACUUGCCUGUAAUUUAAUUUUAACAGUUUUACUUAAAAUGUCUGUAAUUUAUAUUAUUUUUACAAGCAAAAACUUUACGAUAAUAAAUAUUUAGUUUUAAUUUUU